GUCGCCACCAAGUCAUCCGUAUCCCACGCGCGCCAGAGAAACGCUCUCCUCUUCUUUACUUUACUUGUACCGUCAAAGCGAAACGGAAUCCCACUGAAUUAAGCAAAAACAAAGAAGGGGAAAUCAAAAUCUGACUUGCCGCAAGACUCCGGCGACUUGGCGGCGGCGGCAAUUGGAUUCCUCUUCUAAUUUUUGUCAUCAAGUUCCCAUCUUUGCUCUGCUAAUUCUCUAAUCGGGAAUGGCUCCCCGCCUAAUCUCUCGCGCCGCCGUGGCGGUGUUGCUGCUGCUGUCGAUGGCGUCGUCGUUACUCCCUGCGGCGAGAGGUAUAUGGUUGUCGAUCCCUAGCACGGGAACCAAGUGCGUCUCCGAGGAGAUCCAUAGCAACGUCAUCGUUCUGGCGGAUUACUAUGUCAUCAACGAGGAUAAGCCGGAGCAUGUGCCGAAGGUUUCUUCCCGGGUGACAUCUCCAUAUGGAAACAAUCUACACCACCUGGAAAAUGUGACUCACGGUCAGUUUGCCUUCACGACCAGUGAAGCAGGUAACUACUUGGCAUGUUUCUGGCUGGACGAACAUCAGGAACAUGUCUCUAACGUAAGUUUGGGUCUGGAAUGGAAAACUGGGAUUGCCGCAAAGGACUGGGAUUCAGUGGCUAAGAAAGAAAAGAUCGAGGGAGUUGAGCUUGACCUUAAGAGGCUAGAAGCAUCCGUUGAAUCAAUCCAUCAAAAUCUGAUCUAUCUCAAAGAAAGGGAAGCAGAGAUGAGGGAAGUGAGCGAGCAGACCAACGGUAAAGUGGCUUGGUUCAGCAUCAUGGCGCUCAGCGUGUGCAUUGCAGUUGCGGCGUUCCAGUUGUGGUACUUGAAGCGGUACUUCCUGAAGAAGAAGCUUAUCUAGAUCCCCAAGCUCAGUUCAUACUUCUUUUCUUCUUAUUCAUAGUUUGAUACAUGAAUACUCAGGCCUAUCUUCUCAAACAGAUUGUACACACUACACAUGGUCUCUCUUCUCUUUUCUACCCUUAAUUAUACUCCUUUCUGUCUCUAUUACCCUUGCUUGCAAAUUUUUAAUUUCUAG